CCUAGCAACCGCUCCUUCCGGUUGAGCACUUACGUUUCCACUUCAGAGGAAGUGACGUCACAGAGCGCCUAUCCUGUGAGUCAUCUUCUACUCCGACGAGCACACCCCUUUCUCUCCCUCCCAACUUCCCCCUCCUUUUUACGUUGUAGAGGAGUCUUAGUUGUUGGUAUGAUCACAGGCUCGGACUCGCUGUGCUCCGACCACUUCUACACGAAGUCACAUCUCCCAGGGUGCACCGCUCUGCCUCACUUGGCUUCCCGUGGUUGCAGAAAGGGCUCCGAUGUCCCAGCGUGCUUCACUGCUUUAGCCCGUGGCUCGCGAGGUGGAAGCUGGGCAGCCUUCAAUCUCCCAGCAAACAGCGCGCGCCGCAUUAACGGGCGGCCCUAGAUGUACGUGGGCAGCUGUGAUUGCCAGUGACCCUUAGUCCUCCACCCUUCCUGCAGACAGGCCUGCUCCACAAGUCUUCAAAAUAGCCGAGUUGUUUGGCACGUGCCGCUCAGUGCUGUGCAAAUUUAAUAUGGGUCAUGGAUUGAAAAGACCUUUAGCGACUACCUCGUCCAAUUCUCUCGUUUUCCUAAUGAAGAAACGAAGAUGUGGAGGAGUUAGAGGUUUCCCAAGUCACACAGCUGCCAAAUAAUAGAAUUAGGACUACAACCUAGGUCCUCUUAGAGUCCGUACUAGAUCUUCACGAGUCUAAGAGGUCAUCUAGCUCAACCUUUCACCUAAGCAGGAAUCCCCUCUGCAAGUUUCCAGAGAAGGUAGUUUUACUUUACCUCUCACUAAGCCAAAGGAAGAAGCUUCUUCAGAGGGAAUGCAACAGAAGGAGGGAACUGGAAGUAGGCUGAAUGGCUUAGGACUGCGGCACAGAGAGGAGCAAUUGAGAGGACUUCUAUGGACUCUUUCUGUGGGGCAGGGUUCUUAAAAGGAGCCAUUAUCGCACAAGUGUAGUUCCACCUGUCUAGAGGCAACAGAAGGAGGCAGCUCCUGCCUGGGCCAUGGCCAAGGUCAAAGCAGCUCAGGUCUUCUUAACGUUUGAGGAUGUGGCCAUCACUUUCUCUCAGGAAGAGUGGGAGAUGUUGGCUGCCUGGCAACAGCAGUUGUACUGGGAUGUGAUGAAAGAGAACUACGAAACCCUGAGUUCUUUGAGUGCUGGCAGGUUGGGAGCCCUGCCAGAGCUAUUCACUACAUUGGGACAGGUCUUUGAAACCUGGGAAGAUCAGCAGAACUUGUUGAGAAGAGAUAAUUUGGAAAGCUCAUACUUAGGUGUUGGGGUCCGGAAGUGUCCUAGGAAAGAAAGUCCUAGGAAACAGCAAUUGAAUGGGGAUUUCCCAGGGGAACAAGGGGAAACAGGUUCUCAGCCCUCCAGCCACAAAAAGUCUCAAGAAGCAAAUCUCCUGCCCCCUGGACAGAUGGAUAGUUUGGUGAGUACUGAGCCUGGAGGCAACAGGAGAGAUAAUGGAGUCUUGCAUACCCUUUCUCCAGGUGAGAGAGCUCUAAUGGAGAAGAUACAGAACCAGGAGUUAGCCUCUGAGAACGAGCUUUCCCUGAAACCUCACCAUUGUCCUGAAUGUGGAAAGCACUUCAAGAGGCGUCAUGAGCUUAAGGUGCACAAGCGAGUACACACAAAGGAACGGCCUUUCCCCUGCUCAGAAUGUGGGAAGUGCUUCCGGCAGAAGUCAGCCCUGAUGACCCACCAGUGGGUGCAUAGCAAGGAACGCCCCUUCCCCUGCCCUGAGUGUGGGCGCUGCUUUGCCCAGAAGCAGUACCUGAGGAAACACCAGUGGGUGCAUAGAAAUGAGCGCCCCUUUCCCUGCCCAGAGUGUGGGCGCUGCUUUACCCAGAAACAAUACCUCAAGAAGCACCAGCAUUUGCACAGUGGGGAGCGUCCCUUUGCCUGCUCAGAGUGUGGGCGCUGCUUCUCCCAAAAGCAGGACCUCAAGAAACACCAACACGUGCACAGUGGGGAGCGCCCCUUCCCCUGCCCUGAGUGUGGGCGCCAGUUUGCCCAAAAGCAGGAUCUUAAAAGGCACCAACGUGUGCAUAGUGGUGAGCGGCCAUUUCCUUGUUCUGAAUGUGGGCAUCACUUUUCCCAAAAGCAAGACUUGAAGAAGCACCAGCGUGUGCACACUGGUGAGCACCCCUUCCUCUGCCCUCAGUGUGGGCAUCACUUUGCCCAAAAACAGGGCUUGAAGAAGCACCUUCGUGUGCACCAGCGUGUACCAGGUAGUAAACGGCCCUUCCCAUGCCCUGAGUGUGGGCGUCCCUUCACUCGGAUGCAUGACCUAAAGAAGCACCAAAGAAACAUUCACAGCAGUGAACAUUUUUUUGCUUGCCCUGGCUGGGAUCAGCAGUUCAGCAAUAUGGCCAAUAAUUCCAUCAGCUUGGAGCUGAUCAAGCUUGGACCACUGGACUGGUGAGCACAGGUCUUCCUUUGAUGCCCUUUCCAAGACUGCCUUCAAGGAGUACUCCAUGCCAUGGGAUCCACCUGUUCCUCUUUACUGAUCCAUAUUUAUCUUUCAUCUGGCCAAAUCUCUAAGAGCUGAUAAUGAGACUGGUAAAGGAAACUGUCAUGCUGGACCAAGUUCUGCAAAGGAUGACCAGGACAGUAAGGGAAUUGGUCACCUUACCAUAUAAGGGGAUCAGUCGAAUUAACAUGGGUGUUUAGCCUGAAGAAGAGAAGAUUUAAGGGGACCUAAGAGCUACUGUCAAGUAUUUCAAGUGCUAUUAUGUAGAAGAGAGAUUAGGCUUGCUUGGCUUGGCACCAGAGGACAAAGCUAGGAGCGACAUUUGUAGGCGAAACAGAUGGGGUUCAAUGUAAAGCAAGAGCUUCCUAUUAGAGCCUUCCCAAAGUGGAUUAGGCUGUCUCAGGAGAUAAUAGUUAACCCCAUUUGGGGAGGUCUUCAGGCAGAAUCUUGAUUCCUUUCACAGGAUGCUAUAGAGAGGAUUCCUUUUUGGGUUGAACCAGGGGUUGUCUCAUUUCACUUUCAAAUUUGAGAUUUUGUGAUUCUGUUUAUUAUUCUAAGGUCUUAUAGAUGGAUAAUGGUUUAAUUAAAUAAUAUAUUUGAAUUUGAA